UUGGAUCGCAAACAAGUAACUGCCGCAAUGCGCGAACUAGAAAUACUACGAAUAUGUUUGAUUUUCGGUUCUCUAUUAUUGUGCAAUUGUUUUGCUGAUGCCAAGCCAUACGUUAAUGACUUUGUGUUUCCCUCUGAGGAUGAGCAAAAUAAACGAGAAUAUCCUCUUUGGGAGCCGAUCAAAGUUGAUCAAGGAACCGAAUCCAGUGAUUACAAUGGACAACGGGGCGUAUGGGUAACGAGCGAUGUUAAAAGUCUAGAUAAGUGCCGCGACUUUCAACUUGAUGAGUCUUCUGGAUACGUUCGUUUGAUUUUCAUCAGUUACAAAAAAGUCGGUGAUCCUCUGGAGAGUUUAAAUAAGGCACUAACUGAGGAACUCAAUCUUCCGGAACUAGUUUUCAGUGUGAAAGUUGUGAAGAGCGGAAAAAGACGUUUAGUUUUUGAACUGCCAAAUGCCUUGGACGCCUUUUUAACUCUAAAUAAUUAUUGUAAAUUAUAUCAUGAUCGGCAUAAUCUCACCUAUGAAAUUCUCAAUGUUGAGGGUUCUAAAUGAAUAAAAUAAUACAAGAUUUAAAGAUAAUAUUUCAACCUGAAAUAAUUGCGUUCUAUUUCCCCCAGUAAUUCUAGUCAAGAAUAGUUUAGAAAUUCUAUAUUACAAAUUGAUCUGUGCUGUUAAAUGAUGAAUGACGAGAUAGUGUAGACUAUAUUUCUAUAUUCCAUUAUUAAGUCGGGGCUUACCGUAUAGAAUAAUUGCCACUGAUUAUUUCUAAAAAUAAAACACUAUUUAAGUUAUAAACCGAUGAAUUGCCAUUGUAAUCUUUAGCUCUAAAAAAAACCUGAUCUGUAUAAAAGUUUCUAAGAAGGUAAAGAUGAGUAGGAAUAAACAUUUAAGGGUUUGACUCAUCAAUUGACAUACUAAUGGGUUUAUAAUCAUCAAUAUCAAUAAAACGAGGGGUAUUCCCCCAAUAAAGUAACCUCAA